AUGCCACUCUGUGAACUGAAAUUUGUGGCCGAAAUUACUGAGUUUAACUCCCAUCAUUUUCUUAACGUGAUUUCUCUAGAAGAAAAUCAUGCCCAAGCAGCUGUUGUCUUAGAAGAUCGCGUAGGCCAUCAAGGUGUUGCUAUCAUAUUUGGUGCUCUCGACUCACGAGUGACCGCUGGCGAUGACUCGAUAGCUUUCGCUAAUCACCUUCACACAUCCACCAUCAUCUGA